AUGGCUCAUUCUUCGACAACCGAAUGGCCGCAACUGAAUCGGCCCACACAUAUCAUCCAAAUGGACAGAAAUUUAUUAUCAAAUCGUUUCAUCUUAUUCUCCGAAAUAACUACAGAAGCCGUAUUUUCGCUUGAUGACGACAUUACAGCACUUAGCGUUGAUGAAAUCGAAUUCGCUUAUCAGGUUCGAUUGCUUUUUUUUUUAUUUCAUUUCGCAUCGUUCGUUAUUAGACUUGUUAUGCGUUUUUUGCAGCUAUGCAAUGCAAAAACGCAUAUUGGGGUUGUCUGUGUGUCCGUGUAUCUGUGUGUACAUCUGUUACACACUUUCAUCUCAAGACCUAUAAAAUCUACAGGGCUGAAAUUUCGGGAGCUUAAUCUAUAUGCAUGGGCCGGCCGCAAUCCCCAAAAUGGACGCCAUCAUCCUUGCGGUUCCCGCAUACGGGCCCGCCAAAGUUUUUUUUGGGUAAGUUCAUAACU